UUUUUGCUAAAGAAAAUCUAUCAUAUCCACUUGCAGGUUAUUUUCCCUGUUCCCAAAUUAUUCUCGCUCGCACGAAACGAUGUCGUCUUCAGGAGCGGAGAUCGCUGGCAAGAAGGUAACUCUCCGGAGCUCCGACGGCGAGGUUUUCGAGGUUGAGGAGGUGGUGGCGCUGGAGUCUCAAACGAUCAAACACAUGGUUGAGGACGACUGCGCCGACAACGUUAUUCCCCUGCCGAACGUCACCGGCAAGAUCUUGUCCAAAAUCAUUGAGUACUGCAAAAAGCACGUGGACGCUGCCUCCGCUAAAACCGAUGACAAGGUUUCAACCAACGAUGAUGACGUCAAGGCCUUUGACGCUGAUUUCGCAAAAGUCGACCAAGCUACCCUCUUCGACCUCAUCCUGGCCGCUAACUAUCUGAAUAUCAAGUCUCUCCUGGAUUUGACUUGUCAAACUGUUGCUGACAUGAUCAAGGGAAAAACGCCCGAGGAGAUACGGAAGACAUUCAGCAUCAAGAACGACUUUACACCUGAAGAGGAAGAGGAUGUCCGAAGAGAGAACCAGUGGGCCUUUGAAUAGACGAUUUCAAAACAGUGUGUGUAUUUGUUGGUCUAUUAAGUUUCAAGGAUUUCAUGUGGAGCUAGUUUGUUUCUUUAAUGCAAAUUUGUGAGGAUUGUUUCAAUUAACAUAGUUUUAAGUUUGUAAACUUUAUAUCUAAAUAUUAUGCUUUUAAGACUAUGUUCGUCUA